UGUGUAUCUCGAGACACCACAGGAGGAUCAAGAGAUGCCGUACCGUCCGCGCUCUAUAUAAAAACACUGUCGCACAUGCCGCCGUCACGAAGCCCUCCAUACCCUCCCCGCCGCAACAGAAGCUCCUCUACCGCAUCGCCAACCGGGGAGACCUCCGGCCGCCCAGAAAUCCCGUCGCGGGAACUGUACAUUAGCAGAUACAUAAGAGGUGGAAAAGACGCGAGUAGGAUAUGAUCAUACCCACAUCUAGCAGCAGCUAUGCAGCAGUCAGCGGUACCACGACCUUCGGAGCCUUUAGCCACCAUGUCUCCGCAACUAUAUCAGCGUCUCAUACCUUCUCAGCGCCAUCCCCAUCUUCGACAAGCAUUAUACCGGGUAUCGGCCGCGAGAACUGGUCGAGCUUGAUAGGAAUCAUGACGGCGAUUGUCGGCAAUAUCCUCAUUUCGUUCGCGCUUAACCUGCAGCGUUAUGCGCAUAUACGGCUGGAUCGGGAACUGGAAGAGAGGGAGCGUGACAGGAAACAAGCGCGGAGAGCUGGGGCCGCGGAGGCGGCACAGAAAAGGAGGGUGGGUUUCGAGAGGACGGAGGAGGUACGAGACCCGCACAUCAUACGAAAUGGGCAGCAAGCAGAUGGAGUCGCAGAAACGGAACCUCUCCUUGCACGGCCGCGAGCAGCUGGACGCAAUUCGAGUGAGACGGCAUUUUCUCGAGACGGCGAGCCCGCGCUGAAGGAAAGCUAUUUGCGUUCGCCGUACUGGUGGACCGGCAUCAUCAUGAUGACGAUCGGUGAGGCUGGCAAUUUUCUGGCAUACGGAUUUGCUCCUGCAUCGAUUGUAUCUCCGCUCGGUGUCGUGGCGUUGAUUGUGAACUGCAUCAUCGCCCCCUUCAUGCUAAAAGAGCAUUUCCGAAAACGGGACGCAUUUGGCGUAGUCGUGGCAGUUGCUGGAGCUGUAGUCGUAGUGCUAAGCGCUAGCGACAAUAACCCGAAGCUGGGACCCGACGAAAUUUGGGAUUUAAUCAAGAGAUGGGAAUUUGAGGCUUACUUGGCCAUCACAGCGGUCGUGAUUCUGGUGUUGAUGGCAGCAAGCAAAGAGUACGGGGCCAGGAGUAUCCUGAUUGAUUUAGGGCUAGUGGGGCUGUUUGGAGGCUACACAGCUCUUUCGACAAAAGGCGUCGCCUCACUUCUUUCCUAUACCCUCUGGCGCGCUCUCACGUUCCCCGUUUUCUACCUUCUAGUUGCUGUCUUAAUCUUUACCGCCAUCAUGCAGAUCAAGUAUGUCAACCGGGCUUUGCAACGCUUCGACUCUACCCAAGUCAUUCCAACACAAUUCGUCCUCUUCACCUUAUCCGUCAUUCUCGGCUCAGCAAUCUUGUACCGCGACUUUGAGAGGACCGCGGGUGAUGAUGCAGGGAAAUUUGUCGGAGGAUGCUUGUUGACCUUCUUUGGCGUAUGGCUCAUUACCAGCGGCCGACCUAGGUACUCCGACGACGACGAGGAGGACCGCGAGCCAGAACCUGAAGACGCUAUCAACCUCCUGAACGGUGAGCAUUACCACGACUCUGUGGAUGUCGAAGUCGGUAGCAGCACCCGCCGUUCCUCCACUAUCCGAGCGUCAUCCCCACCCAUCAGGAUCCCCGAUCGGGCUCAUAGCCCUUCGCCACCACAAACACCAAUCAUUACGUUCACACCACACGAUGGCACUACACCCACGCUACCAUCAUCUAUCCCUGACGCACCUUCUCCGCUUAUCGAGAACCCAUGGGAAGCAGCCCUGGCGGCCUCGCCCUCGCCGGUCCCAUCUGUCCGUUCCGUUCCAAGCCCCCUUAUCACCACAUAUUCCACCCCCGUACUUCCGUCCGAGCACCAAAUUUCCUCUCUCUCUCCAUCUCGUCCUCAAACGCCGCGUGUCCCUUCAGAAAGCGCACUUCUACCCGGAGUCUCUCCGGCGACACCAGCUACUGCUGGCCCACGACUACGGCGAGCGGGUACAAUAGAGCGACUUGCCUCGCGCAACUCGAUCGCCGGACCGCUACUCGCUAGUCCGCUGAGCUCGAGUCUCAGCGCGGUGGUGGCAGAGCUUAGGCGUGGGAGCUUGAGGGGAUCUCGGGAAAGUGGAGAGUCGAGCGCCGCUGGCCGGCGGCGAGGGAGUCAGGUGUUUGACGCAGAGGGCAAUGGGGAUGGAGGGGCAUUGGAGAGAGCGCGGACUUCUGGGGAACCUGAGACACGGACUGGAAGUAGAGCCGGUCGAGGGCGGAGUUUCAGCGGGACCCUGAACGAGUUAUUGAGGGGUUUCCGAGGGAGUAAGAAUAACAGUACAGAUAGCGUAGAUGCUGAGGAGCGGGAGGAAGGGGAGAGGUAAUAGUAGAAGGAUGGAGGAUGGAGUUAUUUAUAGUCUAUGUCUCCAGCGUUUGUUGACUAUGAUACCGCGCGCUUUUGGGUUGCAUAGUUUGGCGUCCCUCGCUUUUGAUAUCAAAUAUAUUACAUAUUUGUUGGGGCUAGCUUGCCUCCUUUUGGGCCUGGUAGCCCGGUAUAGGAGCAUGGACUCAUCUGUUUUGAAAACUUCAUGCUUAUGUGCAAGAAGCAGAAGUCUGUUGGUUGAUACUUGAUAUUGGACAGUUCGGCUUAUUGUGCAUGCUUCCCUAUCAUAAAUUUCCUGGCCUGGACUAUUAGAAACUCCCACAACGAGCCU